AUGCAGCCCUGGGCCUCCCUUUCAGGUAGCUAUGGGCCAUCCACAUGGAAGGCUGAACCCUUGUCGCAGGUCCUACAAGCUUUGCAGACCACGCAAGGACAGCUGAGUCUUUUGACCAAGAGACUGAGCAUGCUUCGAGAAGAACAUGAGGCCCUUUGCGACUGUUUGGCGUUUCACGGUGCCGUCCCAGCAGAGAGGCUUUUGGCCUGGAUGCACCGACGGCGCUUCGCAGAGGCUCGGAGGAGGCACCCGGUGGCGUGCCAUGAAACUUUGGAAUCCUUGAUGCAGGCGAAGGAGUUGGCCCUCGACUUGGCGGUUCGUUUGGGCUUGGAGGUUUGCACCACCUUGAGUGGUGCGUCUCGCGGGCUUCGAAGCUCCUUGUCCUCGCUGGGCCCCGAACUCGCCAACCUGUUCCCGUUCCAACUCUUCGCGAUCGGCGGGGAGGCCUGUGGCGAUGCACUCAGCUCUGUCAGGGCUCUAGUGAAUGCGGAGGUAGAGCGCUUCAAUUUGUCCCAGAACUCCUGGGAGACGCUGGAGCCCUUGCGAACGCCCAGGAGUGGCUGUGCAGCCGUGGCCCUGGGAGGCUAUGUCUACGCGGUGGGUGGCUGUGGUAUCGAUGGAGAAGACCUCCGAUCGGUGGAGAGGCUGAAUCUGCAGGAACUUGUCUGGGAGGAGGUACCUUCGAUGGCUACGGGUCGUGAUGAGUUGGCUGCAGUGACCUGUGGCGGUUACAUCUAUGCCAUGGGCGGAAGUCAUUUGGUUUGGCCAGUGCGUCAUGUCUUGGACUCGGCGGAACGCUUCGACCCAAGGAGUGGCACCUGGCAGGAGCUUCCCCGCCUCACCCGCGAGCGCUGCGCGGCGGCCGCGGUGGCGUUGCACCGGCGCCUGGUGGUGCUGGGGGGCUGCGAUGAGGAUGGUGUGGCGCUGUCCUCCACGGAAAGCUUGGAUCUCACGCUGGGUCAACCCCGCUGGGAGGUGUUGCCUUCGAUGCGGAGAGCUCGCUGUAACUUUGCAGCCGCCACCUCUGCCGGACGGAUCCUGGUCGCCGGCGGCUAUGAUGAUCAUACACGCGACGUCGAUACCGUGGAGCAGUUCGACCCCUCCCAUGGCGCAGGGUGGGAAGCGGUGCAUGUCCUUCCAGUGCCACGAUGGGGUGUCCGAGCAGCCAGCCGUGCCGGGCACAUCUUCAUCGUGGGCGGGAGAGGAUACCCCGGUACCAGGGCUGGGGGAGUGUGGGUCAUCCGGAUCACCAGGCCUCGAACACUCCAGCGCUUGGGCCCCUCGUCGCAUGUGAAAACCGCCGAAAAGGUUGAACAGAUUGAAACUCGCCGGGCUGCCUGCAAUGUCUUUGGCCGACACUUCGGUGGAAUCGGUGGAACGUUGGCGGAUAUUCUGCGGAAGCGACAGAUGGAGGCUCAGCACGUGUGCCGUGCCUGGCGCAAGGCCUUCGCGGAGUUCGGCUUUUGCCAAGCCACGGGGCACGGAAUCCAGGAUGAGGUCAUUGAAGAAGCUUAUGCCGUAGCCCGCCAGUUCUUCACUUUGCCUGUGGAAGCCAAGCAACGCUGCGACACAGGAAAAGCUUAUGGAGCUUCCAGUGGCUACACCGGGCCUGGCGCAGAACGAGUUAGUGCAACUGCCACGGAAUUGCCGGAUGGCAAGGUCCUGGGCUCGGAGAAGGCACGGCCACCCGACCGGGUGGAGUCGAUGAUCUUCUACGGCCGAGAGGAGGAUGUCGUGCCAGAGGAGGUCAAGAACUACAGAGAGGUCAUGAAGCGUUACUAUGAGGAGCUGAGGGGACUACUCCUCGCCUCGAUGGCACUCACGGCCGCGUCCUUGGAGUUGCCAUUGAACUAUUUCGAUCGCUACUUCACGGCCGACAAGUUGACCAAGAACGAAAUCUCCCUUCGCUUGGCAUACUAUCCAGCCUAUGAAGAUGGAGUGGAGCCACUUCCUGGACAAUUGCGCUACGGCGAGCACACCGACUAUACAGGUUUCACACUUCUUUGGCAAGAUCACAACAUCACUGGUCCUCAAACGGCCAAGGAGGGUCUCAACCCGCCCUUGGGCGGACUACAAGUCCGUAUGCCCGAUGGCUCGUGGGCGGACUGCCCUCCAGCGCCGGGUGCGUUCACCAUCAAUGCAGGAGACCUGAUCCAGGCCUGGACCAAUGAUGAAUUCAUGUCCAACUGGCAUCGAGUGACGAAUCCUCCACCUGGGGACCGACAUGAUCGGAUCAGUCUGGUCGUUUUCACUGGCCCUGCCAAUGACACCAUCGUCGAACCCUUGCCUACUUGUGUGAGCCCUGAUCGACCGCCCAAGUGCCCGAUGGUCGACCGGUGGUCACCGGUGGCGUGGUCGACUCCUGACAUGCCUUACAGGUACAUGCCCAUUUCAGCGGGAGAGCAUUUGGCCAAGAAGCUUCAAGCUUCCAAUGUUUGA